CGGAGGGGGGCCGGGCGGCGCCGGGCCCUGCCUGGGCUGCGGCGGGGCCCCACGGGCAUGGGGCGCGUCCGGGGCCGCCGCGGGUAGGGACGGGAGUGCUGCCGCCAUGUACACCUUCGUGGUGCGGGACGAGGGCAGCAGCGUGUACGCCGAGGUGAGCCGGCUGCUGCUGGCCAGCGGGCAGUGGCGGCGGCUCCGGAGGGACAACCCGCGCUUCAACCUGAUGCUGGGCGAGAGGAACCGGCUCCCGUUCGGCAGGCUGGGCCACGAACCCGGUCUUGUGCAGCUGGUGAAUUACUACAGGGGAGCAGACAAGCUGUGCCGCAAAGCAUCUCUAGUGAAGCUAAUCAAGACAAGCCCUGAACUAUCCGAGUCCUGCACGUGGUUCCCUGAGUCAUACGUGAUUUACCCAACAAACUUGAAGACCCCUGUGGCUCCAGCCCAGAAUGGAAUUCGCCAUCUCAUAAACAACACAAGGACAGAUGAGCGGGAAGUCUUCUUGGCAGCUUACAACAGGCGGCGGGAAGGCAAUGAAGGCAACGUCUGGAUCGCCAAGUCCUCAGCUGGUGCCAAAGGGGAAGGGAUCCUGAUUUCUUCAGAAGCUGCAGAGCUCCUGGACUUCAUCGAUGAGCAGGGACAAGUGCAUGUGAUUCAGAAAUACCUGGAGAAGCCUCUGCUUUUAGAGCCAGGGCAUCGCAAGUUUGAUAUCAGGAGCUGGGUUCUUGUGGAUCAUCAAUAUAAUAUCUACCUCUACAGAGAGGGUGUCCUGCGGACCUCUUCCGAACCAUAUAACAGUGCUAAUUUCCAGGACAAAACCUGCCAUUUGACCAAUCACUGCAUUCAGAAGGAGUAUUCCAAAAACUACGGGCGGUAUGAGGAAGGCAAUGAAAUGUUCUUUGAAGAGUUCAACCAGUAUCUGAUGGAUGCCCUGAACACAACGCUUGAGAAUAGCAUCUUACUGCAAAUCAAACACAUAAUAAGAAGCUGCCUUACGUGUAUAGAGCCUGCAAUUAGCACAAAGCAUCUUCACUACCAGAGCUUCCAGCUCUUUGGUUUUGACUUCAUGGUUGAUGAGGAGCUGAAGGUCUGGCUGAUAGAAGUCAAUGGGGCCCCAGCCUGUGCCCAGAAAUUGUAUGCAGAGCUCUGCCAAGGAAUUGUGGAUGUAGCCAUCUCUAGUGUGUUUCCCCUCAGUGACACUGGGCAGAAGACAAGCCAGUCAUCGUCAAUCUUUAUCAAGCUGUGACAACAACAGGAAUUGCCUGUGCUGUGCACAGGGAUAGACUGCACCCGUUGGGUCAGCACAGUGCAGUGGCUUAUCUCAGUAUCAUGCCAAAAAGUGAUAAAGACAGGCCUCCUAUAUUCUGGAAAAACAUGGAGGAAAACAACAAAUCCAGGCAUCCACACAAGAGCUGCAAUGAGCCAGAGCUCUGGCCAGAUAACUCUGCCUGCAUUCACCAAAAUCCACUUUAGAAACAGCUCGUGUGACUUUGAUACCUGAAACAAAUCUCUGGGAGAACAACAAAAUAACCUUAAAAUGAAACCCCAACAGGGAUACUAUAAUGCUGUAUUAGCUCCUUCUUUUCUAUAGAGAUAACAUUGGGUUUUUUAAAGGAAUUGAGUGAAGAGAAUGAUGAUCUCUCAAGACAUCGUGGCUGGGAAGUUGUCCUCCUCCCGCUGUGUUUCCUCUUUCCUCACCUACUGCAUCAUUAGUGCCUUAGCUCAGCUCCAAAUAGGUGACUCCUUUACUUUGUUCCUGAUAUAUUUUGUAGAAAGGAGCAAGCUCUUUUGCAUCGCAGGAUGCUUAAAACCAGGAACACCAAGAAGUCAGUUUCCUUAAGUCAUGUUCCAAGCUGGUUGGCUGAACACCCAGGCAACGGCUGGCAAAAGGGUGCUGAACUGCAGGUGGUGAAUUAACCCAAGCAAGGAAGGCAGUUUUGUUUAUUUAUAGCUAUCCCAUUUCCUAAUGAGAUUUGAAUCAGUGUCCAUCCUAGUCUGGUGCAGUUGGAUUCAGUUUAAAAGAGGUAGAGACGCCCUCUCGGGGCUCACUGGCAUGCUGUGGGAUUUCUAGCAUCACUUUUGUGCUGAGAGUGUUUCAAACAGCAGAAACCCGACCUCCUCAGCUUCUUCUGAGACACUGCAGUGGACUGAGCCUCUUCUCUAACCUUUCACCUUCACACAUUUGAGCCUCAAAUAUGAGACCUUUCAACCCAAAUGAUUUUUGACCCAUUUGGUCCAGCCAAUUUUAUUCUCCUCCAUUUGACAAAUGCUGUCAUUUUCUGCCUUGAACACAGUCCACAGCUCAGUCCCAGCUCUGGGGAAGGUGGGUGAAGUUUUGCAGACCAGGAAAGGCAUUCCCUCUGUACAGGUUUGCCACACAGCUGGGAAGCCAUGUGUUCUGGUGGGGAAGGGGAGGUGAAAAUCCUUGAGGUCCCUGAAUUUCAAAGCUAACAGCUACUAAAUCCUUGGCUUAUUGUC